AUGGCGGCCGGCGUGGAGCUGGGCUUCGCGGCGGCGGCGGCGGGGCCGGGCGGCGCCUGGCGGCUGCGCAGCGCCUACUUCCCCAGCAAGGUCGGGGGGCGGCCGGCGUGGCUGGGCGAGGCCGGGCUGCCGGGCCCCGCCGCCCUGCGCUGCGGCCGCUGCCAGCAGCCCUGCGCCUUCCUGCUCCAGCUGUACGCGCCGCUGCCCGACCGCCCCGACGCCUUCCACCGCACCCUCUUCGUCUUCGCUUGCCGCGGCGCCGCCUGCUACCGCCUGCCGGGCCCGCGGGGGCCCCUCUGCGUGUUCCGGAACCAGCUGCCGCGGCGGAACGACACCUACCCCGAGGAGCCGCCCCCCGAGGAGCCGCCCCCGGGCCCUGCCGCCCGCUGCCGCGUCCCCCGCCGGCUCCGCGGCGGCGCCGCUCUCUGCCGCGUCUGCGGCUGCCUGGGGCCCCGCGCCUGCGGGCGCUGCCGCCGCGCCGCCUACUGCGGCCCCGAGCACCAGGCGCUGGACUGGCGGCGGGGGCACCGGCGGUCCUGCGGGCAGCACGCCGCCGGAGAUGACUCGGUGGAUGCAAUUCCAGAGCAUAACGAGUUCCUUUUUCCAGAAUAUGAAAUUUUGAUAGAACCUGAGGAACCAGAAUUUCCUGCUGACAGCAGUGUAGAUCCCGAUGAUGAACAAGGCGCUGUAGAUACAUCAAAGGACUCGAAGGAACAAGAGGAACUCAGAGCUACAGGCAGUGCAGGUGAAGCAUUUCAGUCCUUGGAUGAAGAGACAUUGGAAGCAAUGGCAAAACAUGAGACUGAAGAAGACAAGAUCUUCCAAAUAUUUAAAGAACGAGUAGCUGCCGAACCAGAGCAGAUUAUUAGAUACUGCAGAGGAGGAGAAGGCCCAAUCUGGGUAUCAGGUGAAAAUAUUCCUGAUGAAAAAGAUAUCCCAAAUUGUUUAUGUGGUGCCAAAAGGAUUUUUGAAUUCCAGAUCAUGCCACAGCUCCUGAACCACCUUCAGGUUGACAGCCUUGGAGAGAGCAUUGACUGGGGAACGCUGGUGGUGUACACUUGUGCUGACAACUGCGGUGAGGGAAAUGAAUACCUGGAAGAGUUCAUAUGGAAACAAGACUUCUCUGCAGGCUCUAUUUAACUUCCAUCAAGUUACUAAGUUGAGUCAUCUAAAUAGGAUACUUGCCUUGUUUCAGUGCAUCCCUGCACUUUGCAAAUAGGUCAUUGAACCAGUCACUGGUAACUGUGUAUCUUGUAACAGUGACAGAACUACUAACAGUAGACAUUGACAGCCUCUCUCUUGUGCUCCACAGGAGCUUUUACUGCAACCUGGUAGUGAAGCCAGAUGCCUUUGUUCAGUGAAUUUCACUUCAAAUCUCAAUUCUGAAUGUCUAAAUAAAGAUGAAAUAUUUUUGGA